UUGCUGUGAACCGGACUUUGACCAUUGCAUUUGUUACCGGAGUAUCGAAUGUGCUGUAUAAAUUGCUCCGAACAAUGAAGAUGUCCUUUCAAUAAUCACCCGUGAUGAAUUCACGAUAUCGCACGUUGGAAGAGCUGACAGCAAACAUUGAAAGCUGCCAGAUUAAUACAAACGCGACAGAUGAUUUCUUCAGUCACGGGUUUGUUGCCAAUCCCAUUGGCCCAUACCAAAAUUUUCCGAGUCAGGCGAUCAUCGAUAAUGUUACACCAGGUGUUGUGCCUGUACAAUUGGCUUCCCCUGUAGGCUUGUCUCCACCCAGUAAUUCCACGGAGCAUCAAUCAUGGGACAACUUUGUCACGAGUCACGUCACCCCCCCAACGGUCGACACACAAAUGGCAUCAUUUGUUGAAGGUUACCUUGUCCGUCUUCAGGCGGUACACGGUCGACAGCUGACCGUUAGCGAGGCAAUCUCGAUUAUCAGGUAUUACCUGCAGGUAGCUCACCCUUCCUUGCAUCACGAUGCACAAUUCGGACACUUCGCAUCUCCGUCGACACCAGUUGUCGCUCCUGUCGAAGUUCCUCCCGUGUCUUUUGACGUUGUGGACAUAGGUACAGGAACCAGCGCAGGUAUUUACACUGAAGGAUCAGCUGUGUCUGAUACGGAAAGCGCUUUUGGGACUUACGACAUGAAUUAUCUUCGUCGUAUCUUUGUAGAAGAAGGCCGUUACAAGGCGGAGUGCUUGUGGCCCAAGUGCGGGAGGAUAGUGAUGAAAGAUAACCACCCCCGGCAUGUACGUGAAUGUCAUCUGCGUGCCGGGAGAGGUGCUGUGCGUACAAAUGAACUGCCUGGCGGCUGAUGCAAGGAGCUUUUCUGACGGAUUGUAUUUCUUUUUAGUUGAUUGGGAAGAUGUUUUGCAUCAUGUAGAACGUAGCAUCAUAUCACAAAAGUCUUAAUAUGCCAGCUUAGAUCAAGAG